CAUUGGCAUGAAUUGAAGUACUCAUCAACAUCACAGAGCUCCCAAAAGCAUAUCUCACCAAAAUCACAAUCAGCACCAAACGCACCCAAAAAAAAAAUGGCAGAUCAACAACAACAACAACAACAGUUUCAGCAACCUCUUGAGGUGUAUCCAUCUUCUUCUUCAUCUUUCUCCUCUUAUCCGCCGCCUACGUCCUCUCGUUCAAGUGGCUCGUUCAGUACAGUGUUCAUAGUUCUAGCCGCCAUUCUUAUCUUGGCAGCACUGGCUUGUGUGUUUGGAAGGCUAUGCAACGGCAGCCGCAAGGAUCACAAAAACAAGAACAAACCUUCAAAGCAUGAGAAACCUUCUUCAAAGAAGAGCCGUGAGAUCAGACCUGUGGAGCGUGAACCGAGAGAGAGAGGUGAUGAUUUGGAGUUUGGGUUUGACAUGAAGCGUCCUGGUCCAAUGAGCAAACCCUCUGGUCGAAACGGUGGGGACAUUGAGUUUGGGUUUGAUAACAAGAGAGGAGGAGGAGGAGGAAAGAAAGGACCACCUCCGGUUACUAAACAUGGAGUAAGGUUCAAGUGAAAGGAAAAUGGAGUUGAACUUCAGACACGGUGGUUCCGACUUCAAGCUCUGGUCAAGACACUGAUUGUAAUAAGACAAGAAACUUCCUCAAGCUCGUUUAACUUCAUCAUUUUCUUGUUUGUUUCUGUUUGUCGUUGUUCUUGUUUUGGGUCGAUUGGUCUUGUUUCAU